AUGCGGGCUGAAGCUCAGGAAGGGAAUUCGGUGCGGCUUAAGAGGGCGCGAGAGGAUUUCGACUGCGGCAAGGGCAUAGUCGACGAUGUGGCGUUGGAGGAUAUUUUUGCCGGGCCGACCAGCAUGGCAAAGGUGUUUUUGAAAGCCUCUUUUGAUCCUUACGUGAACUAUGAGUCGGUGUGGCCUCGUCCCCUUCCUGGUGUGAGGGAAAUUGUGCCGUAUGCCGCGGUUGCCGACACGCUGGCCGAUAUCAGUGCCGAGAGCUCCCGACUAGAGUGUAUUAAAUGCCUUACGAAUCUUUUUCUUGCCGUAAUUCAGCGUAGCCCAUCGGACCUGGUCUCCGUUAUUUACCUCGUUAUCAAUAAGCAGGGUCCUGCACACGAAGGCAUUGAGCUUGGAGUGGGUGAUGCAUUGCUGGUGAAGGUCAUUGCAGAGUGCUGUGGUGUCACGGAGGCUUACAUCAAGGAUGCAUAUAGACAAACAGGUGAUUUGGCGGAAGUGGCUCAAGACAAGAAACGUCAACAAUCCACUCUCGUUAAGCCCAAGCGUCUUUCAGCAGCUGACGUGUUUAAGGCGUUGCGUGACAUUGCUCUUAUGAGCGGGAAGGAGGCCUCUCGACGACGUGCCGAUGUGAUGAAGAGACUUCUUCGUGACGCGGUUGGACCGGAGGUAAAUCUUAUCGUACGGGCCUUGCAACAGAAAAUGCGUGUUGGGUUGGCUGAAUCCUCUGCGCUCGCAGCAAUUGGUUACGCCUUUGCAUUGCAUCAUAUCGGACUAACGGAGGUUGUGAAGUUCACACCUGAACAGCUACAACGAGAGCUAAAUAUUGGGUCGGACAAUUUUGCACGUAUAUACCACGAGGUUCCAAGUUUUGAAAUUGUUGUUGGGGCCAUGCUGAAGCAUGGGUUUAAUGUGAUUGUUCCGUCAUCCCCGGAAGGGAGGGCCCACGCAGCGGAACUUUCUAUUCGCCCGGGUAUUCCAGUGAAGCCGCAACUUGCGCACCCCACAAGUGGGAUAAAUGCCAUAUUGGAGCGGUUUCAGGGUAAGGCUUUCACGUCGGAGUACAAAUAUGAUGGUGAACGGGCUCAAAUUCACUAUUCAAAGGAAAAGGGGUAUCAGAUCUUCUCGCGCAAUGCCGAAACGCACACUGGAAAGUACCCAGAUAUUAUCGCCAUGCUUCCUCGUGUUUUUUCAACGGAGGCGGUGGAGUCUUUUAUUAUAGAUUCAGAAGUGGUGGCAGUCAAUAAAGAGACGGGAGCUCUGCAGGCAUUUCAGGUUCUACAGCAUCGAGGACGGAAAAACGUGUCUUUUGAGAGUGUCACAAUUCCUGUGUGUGUGUUUGCCUUUGAUAUUUUGUAUUUUAAUGGCUCGCCACAAAUGACAAAACCGCUGUUGGAACGGCGCCAAGUAUUAUACUCUUAUUUUACCCCUAUUCAUGCAGCGUUUCAGUUCGCUGAACAUUUGGAUGGCACAGAUGUGGAGGAAAUCCAGUCGUUUCUUGACAGGUCAAUCAAGGACGGUUGUGAAGGACUUAUGGUUAAAACAUUAAAGGAAGAGGCGGCGUACACCCCGGCGAAGCGUUCUUACUGCUGGCUAAAACUUAAAAAGGACUACAUGGAUGGCGUAACGGAUACGCUCGAUCUUGUGCCCAUUGGUGCCUACUAUGGUAAAGGAAAGCGGACGGGUGUAUUUGGUGGAUUCUUGCUUGCCUGUUACAAUAGUGACAGUGACGAGUUUCAAAGUAUCUGCAAGAUUGGUAGUGGAUUUUUGGACGAGCAGCUGGAAAGUCUCACGCAAGCUCUUCAGUCAUUCGUUCUCAAGGAGCAGCCACGGUAUUAUCGAGCUGAGGAAAAGCCGGAUGUCUGGUUAGAGGCCUCAAAUGUAUGGGAAGUGAAGGCAGCAGAUCUUUCUAUCUCUCCAGUUCACUUUGCCGCAUACGGAAUUGUGGAUCCAUCGAAGGGGAUCGCACUUCGUUUUCCGCGCUUUGUGCGUGUGCGAGAGGACAAAAAGGCCAAUGAGGCAACCUUUGCUACGCAGAUUGCUGCAAUGUACACUGCUCAGUCUUUGUCCCGAAAAAAUUACGAGGAAUACGAUGAAGAAACAUAG